GCAGCUGUUUGGCUAGUAACGAUAGUAACAAUUAGAAGUUUGUUCAGGAAAAUCUGUGUCUAGCAGUAAACCGUUAGUUUCGCAAUGAAAAUGGAAUCAAGAUUAAAAGUACCAAGGUCAACCAGUGAUUUCACUUCACCACGUACAGCAGAUCGUGUGCCUCCUCCAAGUACACGUGGGUCAGCUGCGAAAAAACAAGUGCAAGGAAUCCUCUCAACCAAAGACCAAAAGAACCCCCGGGUUCAGAAUAGAACUAAAAAUGUCCGCCAACCACACACAGAAAAGAUACAGCCUGUAUUUAAGUCAAAUGUGGGAGGUAACCUGAACAGAGUUGGCAACAGCAAAACACUUACUGAAAAGAAGAUAAAAUUUACUAUCAACCCAGAUUCACAAGCUACCACACAAAGGGGACAGAAUGCACAACCUUCUCCGCCGGACACUACACCAAAAAUGCCAUCUCAUACAGCAGAUGAAGAAGCAGAACCUGAGAUGAAUGAGAAGGAGUUGAAGUACUUAGAAACACAGUUCCGUACCAAAAAGAAGAUUUUGUAUGCCUCCAACAUCAAGUUUUCUAAUGAAAUGGAUGACGUGAAAAAAUUCCAUUCAAGCCUUGUUAAACUUCAUAAGAGAGUACUCAACUCAACAGGAAAUGAUUUAGGACCUAUAGAAGGAAUGAGAGUAGAUUAUUUCCGUCCUGGGAAUGCAGUACAGACCACUGCAGAUUUGCAACAUAGCAGCGAACAUCAGGAUGAAGGAGAAAUGGAAGGCAGCAUGAGUGCUGGUCUAAACUCUAAUGAGCUUGAGAAUAUAAGCCUGUCCCAGGAACUGCAGCCCAUCAUUGAGGAACUGCAGCCCAUCACUGCGGAACUGAAGAAUGAUCAGGAUGAAGACAGCAUGAUGAGACAUCAGAAGGAUGCUCUCCAUGACAAGCAAGAGUGGGGUUCCAAAGAUUGCGUUAAGGAUGAUUACAGUCAACUCCUUAAGCAGCAGCAAGCUGACAUCUCAGAUCAUCAUCAACAGUUGGUUGACCUGAAGGCAUCAGUACGUGAAGAUAAGGAUGAGUAUGUCCAAUUAUUUGAAAGGGUAAACAUAAGACAAGAUAAACAAGACAAUAAGAUCUCAACAUUGAAGACAAUGCUGGAAGAAACACUGAAUGAGCAUGCCAAGGAAAUAAAAAAGAUGGCAGCAGAAAUGGAUCAAAGUAGUAUGUCAUGCUCAUCUGCUGAAGGGAAGAAGAAAAAGAAGAAAAGUAAAAAGUAAAACUUAUUGAAGCAUAACAAGAAGAUUCCAAGCA